CAUGAUCGGCAUUACUGGCUGCAUGCUUGUUGAUAGAAACGUUUUCAGGAUUGAUUACUAAUAAAAAUUGUGUUACUUUGAAAUGUGAUUCUUUUCAAUUGUGAUAGUUACAAACCAGUUACAAUGCAGGUUUCCGAAAUCGAUAAUGUAAAGAUUUACAACCUAAGUGUUGGAAAAUCAUUACCCGAUUGGCUAACAGAAAGAAAGAAACGAGCUCUUUUAAAAAAGAAUGUAGACAUUAGACGACGCAUUGAGCUCAUUCAGGAGUUUGACAUGCCUGGAGUGAGCACCAGUUUGCGCGUUUCUAAGGAUGGACAGUACAUAAUGGCAACAGGCAUCUACAAACCUAGAGUUAAAUGUUUUGAUGUAAAUAAUUUGUCAUUGAAAUUCGAAAGGUGCCUUGAUUCAGAAGUAGUUAAAUUUGAAAUUUUGAGUGAAGAUUAUUCUAAGAUUGUUUUCUUGCAAUGUGACCGCUAUGUUGAGUUUCAUGUUGGACAUGGGCGUCAUUAUCGGCUACGUGUGCCUAGGUUUGGAAGAGACAUUGCAUACCAUCAACCAUCAUGUGAUCUCUUUGUUGUUGGUGCAUCAUCAGAAGUCUACAGGCUGAAUUUGGAAUUAGGUCAGUUUUUGGCACCAUAUAUAACAAAAGCACAUGAAAUAAACUGUUGCGCUGUGAAUGAAGAACACGGUUUGUUAAUACUGGGCACUGAGGCUGGCCAUGUGGAAGCAUGGGAUCCACGCACCAAGUCUAGACAAGGAAUAUUAGACUGUGCUUUGCAUUGCACGGAUUCUGAAUACAAAAAUGACAAAUUACCUGCAAUAACUGCCGCAAAAUUUGAUGGUCCAUUAAGACUUGGGGUGGGCACAUCUACAGGACAUGUAUUGCUGUAUGACAUCAGAUCUAGCAAACCUCUUUUAGUUAAGGAUCACAUGAAUGAAAUACCAAUAAAGGUCAUAGAGUUUCAUAAACAAAUGAAUUAUGUUUACUCCAUGGACUCAACUGUGGUAAAGAUAUGGGAUAAAAACACGGGCAAACAAUACACAAGCAUAGAGUCAUCUGCUGAUUUCAAUGACUUAUGUGUUAUUCCAAACACAGGAUUGAAUCUGAUGGCAGUGGAGGACCAAAAGAUGCAGAUAUAUUAUGUCCCAUCAUUAGGUCCUGCACCAAGAUGGUGUGCUUUCUUAGAUAAUUUGACUGAGGAAUUAGAAAGCUCAGCUUCACAAACAGUGUAUGAUGAUUAUAAAUUCAUCACUAAGCAAGAGUUGGAGUCUCUUGGUUUGGACCAUUUAUUAGGAACCAAUUUAUUAAGAGCAUACAUGCAUGGAUACUUUGUGGAUGUGCGCCUGUACAAGCGCGCCAAGUCUAUUGCCGAUCCAUUUGCCUUCGAACAAUAUAAGAAACGUAAAAUUAGGGAGAAAAUUGAACAAGAGCGACCAUCUAGACUCAAAGUUGAAGACAACUUACCAAAGGUUAACAGAGACUUGGCAGCCAAGCUUAUGGAUGAUAGUGGUACUAAAAAGAAGAAGCAAACUACUAAUCUUCUUAAAGAUGACAGGUUUAAGGCUAUGUUCGAAAACCCUGAAUUUGAAGUGGAUAGAGAAGCUGAAGAGUACCGUUUACUCAACCCAGUGCUGUCCAGGCGAGACAAGAGCAAGGAGAAGAAAGUGGAAAAUGAACCAGAGCAGAUGGCAGAAACUGAAGAUAAAGAUUCUGACAUGGAACUAUAUGAGACUAGUGAAAGCGAAAGUUCAGACGAAGAUCGAUCAUGGGUUAAAGAAGUCAAAAAGCAGCACAAGUUCAUUAGAAAUAAAUCCCGGCGUGAAGACGAAGAAGAGGAGCAGUCACAUAGAGAGAAAGAUUCUAGAACUAAUACAAACAUUAUUAAAAGUAUAACUCGAGUUAGCAAAGCAAGUUUAGGUAAUAGGUUAGCUAAAGAAGGCUUUACAACCAUGGUCUCUAACGCUGGAGGUAAUCGAGAGAUGAAAUUCAGUAUGAGAGGCAAAAAAUCAGAAACUGAACACAACAAAAAAAUGAAAAAACAUCAUCAAGAAAGGAAACAGCUCGUGAGACGAACGGGAUUUUUGACGAAGAAAAGACUACCCAAAUCUUUAGUACAACCAAAAUUAAAUAUAAACGGGCUGCAAUUUUAUUUUGAAGGAAUUAAAAUGCACAAUGACAAUGCCUCCUACGGCAGCGCUAGUGAUUUACUGGACAGCCAUGUACUGGGCAACGACAAGCUCGCUGAACCAACGAUGGAGAGAUCUUUGAGGUCAAAUCUUGACGCCAAUAGUGUGGACAUUGGGGAAAUAACGGAGUCUCCUGAUACGGAAUACAUGAGUACUUCAGCUAUAUUGCAUUAUUGUAAAUCAAAGAUACUACUCCCAUAUCUAAAAUUACUAACUAUUAUGGGUUUGCGGCCGGUACUGGACGUUUCAAACUCGUCUAAAUGUGCAAUAUGUUGCUCGCAUUUCCAUUCGCUACAAGUUGCAGUGCUUAUGUUUCUGGGAUACAUUCUGCAGUAUAUGGCUUGUUUCAGGAGAGACAGAGGAUUUUGUUACAAGUUGGUCCCAUUAGCUCUAACGUCGACUCUGGAAUAUGACAAUUACAAGAACGUGUGCUAUGGAAACGUUAUAUUUACAUACAUCGGUCCUAGUAUACUACAUUUUGUGGGAUUUUUGUACGCGUUAUAUUUAUUUCGAAUCUCAGAUAACGAGCAGUUGCAAAAUCUUAUGGAAAGAGUAUUUCUGCUGUCCUCAUAUGCGCCUCAAGGCAUGCCAACUACAAAACCAAAACGUUUACUGCGCAUGUUAUGGUUCUUUAUAAUACUCAGCGUUCUUUGGAUGUGUUUAUCUCUGUGUUCUGUUAAUUUAAUGUUGGCUAGAGGGAAUAUCAUCUUCAGGUGGAUGGAGACAAGUACUUACCAAGUAAGAAUGUUACUAAAGGCAUUACUCAUAAUUUGCACUUUAACUCAUGACAUGGUGCAAGCCACAAUCAUAACGAGCUAUUGCCUGCAAGCGCAGUUGUUACAAGCUCAUUUGAUGUUUCUUAAAGAGCGUUUGCUUAACCGAACCAUUACUGCUUUGCAAUGGAUGAAAGAAAUUGAAGAAUUUCGCAAAUUAUUAAAAUAUUUGAACGACGACCUGGCACCUGCUGUUUGCUUGUUUACGAUUGUAAACAUAUCGUGGGCAACGUCGGGCGUCAUGUGGCUUCUCAACUUGGAUAAGGUGGACACAGAGACGGAACCACUUGUUGGGAUCAGCAUCCUCAAUGAACUGCUUUGGAUAUCGGCAGUUAUUGUACCAUUUGUACAGGCGGCUCGCUUGUCAAAAGAAUGCAGGAGGACGCAAUCGGUGGGCCAUGAGUUGUGUGUCCGACCAUUCUUGCACCAGGACACAUCGCAGGAAGACAUAACCACGGUGCUGAUGUACGCUUCCACGCUAAAGCUUCACGCCAAACUCUUUCACUAUCCUAUCGCUGGCCGAUACCUUUGUCUCUUACUAACUAUUACUGUUAUUGUACUCUUCUCACUAGGUAUGUGCCAUUUAUUACAAUAAUUGGUUUAGCUAGAUACGUAUUUCAAGUAAUGAUCUGUAUAUUUUGAGUAACGGCUAGUUUACAAAUAGUAAAUAGCCUCCAUGUAUAUUGUAAAUUGUUCGAUAAUAUUUUACUUUUUACUUGUAAAUUUGAAUAAUAUUUUAC